AUGGAGUCCCAUACAGAGGGCGCUGAUACUCCACCAGAAAAUGCCCCCAAGAACCCAGCCGACCUAAAAGACGAGUCCAAAUCAAGCCAAAGUAAAGGCCGCUUCCGCUUCAAAAGCAGCUCAUCCCGCGACAAAGACAGCUCUCGACACUCCCAUUCAUCCCGCUCGAAAAGACACCACAGAAGUCACAGCCCAAGACACAGUUCCCGCCCCUCCAAACGGCGCCACAGACACCACUCCCCCUCCCCAGCCGAUGAAACCAACCCCCGCCUCUCGCCUAGCGUCGCAUUCCGCGAAUCUCUCUUCGACGCGCUAGGCGAUGACGAAGGCGCCGCAUACUGGCAAAGCGUCUAUGGCCAACCAAUCCACACUUACGCCGUGCCCGAAGUCGAAGGACCAGAUGGGGAGUUGGAGCGCAUGGACGACGAGGAAUAUGCUGCCUAUGUGCGUGCAAGGAUGUGGGAACGGACGCGCGAGGGUAUGCUGGAGGAACAGGAGAGAUUGAGGGAAGAGAGGAGAAAGGUGAGGAUGAAUGAGCAGCUGGGGAGGGGGAGGGAUGAGGAGAGAAUGGCGUUUGAGAGGGCUAUGGAGGAUAGUCUGAAGAGGGGAGCGGAGAGGAAGAAGAGGAAGGUUUGGGAAGAGGCUUGGAAGGGGUAUUUGGCUAGUUGGGAGGAGAUUGCGAGGGUUGUGAAGGAGUCUGAGGCUUCGGAGACUAAGGAUGCUUCGGUGAAGCCGCUGAGGAAUCUUUUAUUUUGGCCUGUUGAGUCUGGGAAGCGUCGCGAUGUUAUUCCUGAUUCUGUUCAGGCCUUUAUGCGCCAUGUGCCUGGUGGGGAUCUUUCGGCGACGCUCAAGGUUGAGCGUGUGCGUUGGCAUCCAGAUAAGAUGCAGCAUCGGUAUGGUGCUCUGGGCAUUGAUGAGGUGAUUCUGCGAAGCGUGACGGAGGUGUUUCAGAUCAUCGAUCGCAUGUGGAACGAAGAGCGGCAUUGA